UCCGUUGGGAAAGAAGAAAAUAAACCCACCGCUGCUAACCAGGCUAGUUAUGGAACCAAGCCUGAAAUACUCAUUUUUCUCGUCGUGACUGGCCGAGUCGCGGUUCCUCUGCAUGCACUGUAUUUAGUCGGGGGGGGAAAGGCUUCUCUUUAGAAUUUUCGGACCGACUUUUUUUCCCUUUAAAGUCCAGUUGAAGACGCCGGGAGAGGAUUUCACCAGCUGGUGUGUAGCCGAGUGGGCUAGCCGUAGCAUAGCAAAGAAGCACUGGAUGAACUUCGCAUGGACCGACUGCUGCGAACGGGAUAGCAGCUCGCUGCUUGACUGCAGGCUUUCCUCUGGGCUGGGUCUUUGUCACGGGAGCCUGGUGGACUUCAUGGGCGCUUUCCGCCCGCGGUUUGAAGGCGACGGCUGCACGCGAAGGCUUUUUGUUUGUUUGUUUGUUGUUUCGUGGCUUGCGCCAUCACGUUAUUGAUCUUUAAAUCCACCCGGCGAGCUAACAGGAUAUUAGCCAGCUUCUCUCCACUUGGCUUUGUGGUCGCAGGCCAUGGACUAAAAGGCAUUCAUCACUGACGGAGUGAUGGGAAGGCUGGCUGAUGGCAGCUAAUUAUUUAUCGGGAGGCAGCAGUUGGAUACAGCCGAAUUGACAGACGAAGCUUUUUAAAAACCCUUUCUCUUUUUUUUACUUCUUUUUUUGGUUGUUUUUUACUUGAAAAUGCGUCGCAGUGCUGGAUCUUUUUCCGAGUUGGGAUAGUGGGAAAACACGCAAGAAAGCAGCGGGGUUCCAACGGCAUAAAGGCCCCAGAGAGAUAUCGCUCAAAAGAGUUUUGGAAAAAGUGCGUAAAUAUCAUGUCUGCCGCGAAAGAAAACCCCUGCAGGAAAUUCCAGGCCAACUUCUUCAACAAGAGCAAAUGUCAGAACUGCUUCAAGCCCCGGGAGUUGCAUCUGCUGACGGACCAGGACCUGACCCAGGCUAAACCUAUUUAUGGUGGAUGGCUGUGCUUGGCCCCCGAGGGAACUGACUUUGACAACCCGAUGCAGAGAUCUCGGAAAUGGCAGAGGAGGUUCUUUGUUUUGUACGAGCACGGCUGCCUGCGCUUCGCCCUGGACGAGUCGGGGACGGUGAACAUGAACCUCUGCACCGACGUCAUCGACGCCGAGCCCAAAACGGGCCAGAAGAACUCGCUGUGCAUCAUCACCCCCGAGCAGGAGUAUUUCAUCAGAGGGGAGAACAGAGAGAUCAUCAACGGCUGGAGCGAGCAGUUGAUCGUCUACCCCCGGACCAACAAGCAGAACCAGAAGAAGAAGCGCAAAGUGGAGCCGGCCACCUCGCAGGAACCCGGCCCGGCCAAGGUGGCCGUCACCGGCUCCGGGAUCCCAGAAGCCGAGAAGGUUCCGGACUCCAGCUCCAUCAUCUGGCAGGAGGAGCUGAACCAGAGGGAGGCGGAGGGGACGGCGGUUUGGGCCGCCGCCGAGCAGCCCUUAGGGUCACCGCUGCCCCCUGCAGGUGAGAGUGUGCCUGGCCAGGGCUCUGAUGCGGGCUCAGUGAACGGGGAGGACGCGGGCCGCGGCGGCCUGCCGCUGCACGGCUCCGUGCCCCAGCCCCCCAGCGACCUGCUCUCCCCGACGGGCUCCUGCUCCAGUCUGGGAGGGGUCCCCCGCUGCCUCUCCCCGGCCCCCAGCGACCCCUUCCCCUCGGGCAGCUCCCUGCUGUCCAACGGCUCCCACAUCAGCGGCUCGGUCAGCUCCCUGGACUCGGACGCCAGCGGCAGCACGGUCACCAGCACCGACAGCCACCCCGCCGGCCACAGGGGGGGCCACCACGACACGCCGCGCUCCCGGCGACUGGAGGCCGAGGCCAGAAAGGCUGAGAGGAGGAGUCGCUUUAGAAGCCCUGACAGGCAGGAGAGAGAGGCCGUCCUCAGCCCCGAGAGGAGUCGCUCCGGUGUUAUUGAGAAGCUGGAGGCCUUGGAGCUGGAGAACGCGGAGAAGAUGGAGGUGGAGGAGUCGGGGCGGCAGGGCCGCAGCGAGCACCGGCGCUUCCACAGAGAGGGGCAGAGGCACGAUUUGGAUCAGAGUCUGGACUUUCCCUCCACCCUGCCCCCUCUGAGGAGAGCCAAGUCUUUGGACCGCAGAACCACUGAGUCGGUCAUGACGCCGGAUUUGCUUAACUUCAAGAAAGGAUGGAUGGUGAAGCUGGACGAGCAAGGCCAGUGGAAGAAGUACUGGUUCGUGUUGACGGAUCACAGCUUGAGAUACUACAAGGACUCGAUAGCGGAGGAGGCCUCUGACUUAGAUGGUGAGAUUGACCUCUCCACCUGCUACAGUGUGACUGAAUACCAGGCUCAGCGCAACUACGGCUUCCAGAUCCACACCCAGGAGGGCGUGCACACCCUGUCGGCCAUGACGGCGGGCAUCCGCAGGAACUGGAUCCAGGCGGUCCUAAAGAACGUCAGGCCCUCCACCGCCCCCGACGUAGCCAGCUCGACUGAAGACCACGGCUCCUUCUCUCCUCUGGAGGGCCUGGUCCGCCCAGACGUCACCCAGGACUCCCCCUCCUCCGAGGCCUCGUCGGUGGAGAGAGAAUCCGCCUCCGGCGCCGUAAAGAGCCGAGCGCGGGAGCGCCGGCGGGAAGGCCGCUCCAAAACCUUCGACUGGGCGGAGUUCCGGCCCAUCGCGCAGGCUCUGGCUCAGCAGCGGGCGCAGGAGGCCGGGGGCCUGCAGGCAGACCUGGAGCCCGGCCGGAGGAGGGAGGAGAGGCGGAGGAGGUACGAGACGGCCGCGGCUUCGGAGCAGCCGGACGGGGGGCGGACGGACGGCGAGGGCGCGGGGGGCGUGGCCCCCGCCGGCCCGCCCAGCCCCGCCUCGGCGGAGAGGCAGCAGAGGGUGGAGGAGGUGAUCGAGGAGCACUGGCGGCAGGUGGAGAAGACGCCCAUCCGCGAGGAGAGGAGGGUGCCUCUGCCCGGCACGCCGCAGGCCAGAGAGGGCUCCGAGCUGGAGCAGCUGCUGGAGAGCUACAAGCAGGGGGUAAGUCCCGGUGACCCCGCCCCCCCACGCCCACACCGCCCCACCCCUGACGCUCCACGCCCACUCCCACAGAUUGAAGACCUGAAGGCCCAGUUGGAGAGCUGCCACCAGCAGCUGCUGGACUCCAACAGGCACAAGCAGGAGCUGGAGUUCCAGCUGAGGGCGGCGCUGGAGCGAGAGCAGGACAUCCCCUCUGGGUACAUCUCUCCGCUGGAGCACCCUUUGGGUCUGGAGGCUGAUGUGACGCCCCAGACGAAGAGGCCCGAACUGGUUAGUUCUCAAGCACAGAGUUUAACAAAGAAGUACCAGGAGACCAAAGAGCUCCUAAAGCUGCAAGAGCUGAAAAAACGCAGUAUGCAGGCACAGCUUGGCCUCUCACUUUCUCACCCCUCCAUCAAGGAGCCUAACUUUUCUGAACCUCAAAACACACCCACAUUGGAAAGCCCUCCCCCCAAAGCUGUCCAAAAAGUAGUUAGUUUCUUGCUCCAUGACAACGUGGAGGCGAUUCAAGAGCUUGAAGACCUUGUGAGCGGCGAACCUCUAACUCUGAAGGAGCUUGGGAAAGUGUUGAAAUUUCACAGCUUAAAUCAAGAGAGCACUGGAAAACAUGAACUUCAGAAGCUCUUGGAAAGUUGGAGGUGCCAACAGGAGAUAGAAAAUGACAUGAUAAGGAAGAAUUUAGCCAGAGCCGGAGAGAGCAUCCGACAAUACGAAGCCCGUCUUCUAACCAUGGAGGAUAUCAUGGGGAGAGUUCAGAAGCAAAGUUUCGAAGCCCAUAACAGCCCCUACGGUCCCUUGUCUAAUAUCGAAAACCAUUCAGAGGUGAAUGAUAUGACCAUUGGAUUGCUUUCUCAAAGGGUGGAGCUUUUAACGGGCGAAAACAGUGCAUUAAAACAACGAUGCCAGGAGAUAGUGAAUCAGCUGACGGAGGCUGACAGAGAAAUAGACAGAUUAAAAGCUGAACUCAUCAGCCAGCAGGGUGGCAAGCAGCAUCAUCUGGUCCUGGAAGAGCUCAAACGACUGAAGGCAGACCUGGCUGAAAAUCAAGCUAACGCUAUAGACCGGGAGUAUUACGAGAGGGAGCUGAACGAGAAGUCUUUGAGGCUCCACGAAGCAUUAGUUACCCUAGAGGAGCUUGGCAACAGCCUUAAAGACACUGAGAAGAAGCUGCAAUUAAAGGAGGCCACACUGAUAGGUUUAGGCUUUCAGUCGGAUUAUGAGGAUGAGGAAUCGCAGCCACACAAUGAGCAACUCAGAGAGCUGCUUGAAGCCUCUCAAGCAAAGGCUGUUGAGACUGAAACGAGUCUUCAGUCUGCAUUGCAACGCUGUGCGGAUCUAGAAGCAAAGAAUAAUGAGUUAGUUGCACUGAAUCAGGAAAUACAGAAAGUCAGCCAGGAGAAGCUCGAGCAAGCAGAAGAAGAAGGGAGGACGUUAAGAGACAGAUUAGAAAAGAAUAUGGAUAGAGGCAAACAGAAUGUUGGUGAGAGUCAAGAGGCGGGUGAGAGGCAGGUGAAUGAUAAAGGACUUUUCCAGCAAGUAGUAAAUGAGAUUGAGAUGAGGUUUGAGGCAAUAGAUAAGGUUGUAGAGAUUUUAGAAAAGGUAGAUGUCAACGUAGAAAAAAUGCUUGAUCGCAUAAAAAGCACUUUAUUCAGUCCUUCACAAGAAGGGCUGCUUUAUAUGAGUAGAAAAGACAUGAACUUAGCGUCAGACUCGGAGUUCUGGAGCCAGCUAUUAAGCAUCACUGAGUUCAAAUCUGGCCAAAUCUGUGAACCAGGGUUGAUGGAGCAGAUUAUGGCCCAGAAGAAUCUGCUGUUCUUGACUAGGAAGGUAUUUUUACAGACAGAUACUGAGAGUGAGUUUGUGACCGAUUUUGCUUCAAUGUACAGCUGGCUUGACGAUGGAACAAAUGCUCAAAUUCUUAAAGAGUUGAGAGAAAUCUUUGAGGCAAAGUCAUGUGACUUGAAGCAAAUUGCUUCCAGCCUGAAGCUGGACAAAGAUGGCAAGCUCCUGCCUUUAGCUGUUGCAACAGUUGGAAUUUGGGGACAACAGAAGCAGUCUUCAGAGUAUUUGCUUGACUGUCUAAGAGAAGCACACAUGAUUUAUGGGACCAUUAGGCUGAAAGUCCAGCAUGAAAAAGACCUACAGCAAAAUCAAGUAGCAUUACCAACUUACGGCUUUGAUUGUCCAAACUGCCCAAAAUUGAGAGAGGUUGCCAACAACCUCCAGUCGAACCUAGACGAUCUUCAGGAUCAGCUUUCUGGGGCUUCUUUGAGAACCGAAGGGCUACAAACUUUAAUGCAGAUGGAAGGGCAGCCCUUUGACUGUGUGGAUAGAACCACUGAGAUUCAAGACAUGGUAGCCAAGCACAGCAAGGAAAUACAAGCAAUCAAAGACGGCUAUGAACAAGAGGCAGAGAAAUUGAGGCAGGAAAUAGCCAAAGCCAAUGACACCCUUGGCCUUCGUUCAGAAGAGAAUAUCAAAGAGAUGAACACGCUGAUUAGCUGUAUGGAAAACCUGAAGAAGCAGCAUGAUAUUGAAAAGAAAGACCUCGUGAGGAGGUUUGACUUGGAAAUAGAGGAGUUGAAAAGCAUGACGGGUCCUGCCAGCUCAGACCAGAGUGGGACCGACCAGCACACGACAUCGCACCACGCCUCAGCCCAGACGUCGACCCUGAGGGAGCGCAUCCAGGAGCUGGUCACUCAGGUCUCAGUCAUGACCGAAGAGAUGCGACGGCGCGAAGAGAAGGGUGACAUAACCACUCUGCGGCAGAAAUACGAGAGAGACCUGGAAAAUCUGAAGCGUGUACUCCUCUUCGUAAAGGCCACCUGUGAGCGAGGCUUCGCCGCCAUGGAGGAGUCCCACCAGAAGGUGAUCGACGAGCUGCAGAGGAAACACCAGAGAGAGCUGGAGAACCUGAAGGAGGAGAAGGAGAGGCUGCUGGCCGAGGAGACGGCAGCCACCAUCGCUGCUAUCGAAGCCAUGAACAACGCUCACCGGACAGAGCUGGAGAAGGAGCUGGAGAAGGCCCGCAAGGCCAGCAACAACACAGAGAACGCAGAUAUCGAAGAGAUCCGCAGACAGCACGAGGAGGAGCUGUGUUCCUUCCAGCGGGAGAUCGAGGUGCUGUCGGAGCAGUAUUCCCAGAAGUGCCUGGAAAACGCCCACCUGGCUCAGGCGCUGGAGGCCGAGAGGCAGGCCCUCCGGCAGUGUCAGAGAGAGAACCAGGAGCUCAACGCACACAACCAGGAGCUGAAUAACCGGCUGGCAGCCGAGAUCACCAAGAUGCGCUCCAUGAUAUCUGAAGACGGAGUGGGAGACACCAACACCACAAUACAGGGGAAGGAGCUGUACGAGUUAGAGGUGAUGUUGAGGGUGAAAGAGUCUGAGGUUCAAUACCUGAAGCAGGAAAUCAACUCGCUUAAAGAUGAACUCCAGGCAGCCCAAAGAGACAAGAAGUACGCCACGGACAAGUACAAGGACAUCUACACGGAGCUGAGCAUCGUCCGGGCCAAAGCGGAGCGGGACCUGGGCCGGCUGCGGGAGCAGCUGCAGCUGGCCCACCAGGCCCUGGGCGAGCCCACGCUGGAGGAGGUGGAGCGAGGAGGCUACGAUAUCAUGAAGUCCAAAAGCAACCCCGACAUCCUCAAGAUGGCGGCGGCGGCGGCCAAGCGCUCGGAGCGCACCGUGCGGUCGAAGAGUCUGAAGGAAGGGCUGACGGCGGAGCAGAGACUCCACCUGUUUGAGAAUAAAGACACUAAGGAGUUCUGACCCGGACGCGUGGGGUCCGCCUGCUCGGCUGCAUGUUUAGAGGUCCACCAUAUUUUAGCUCUGCAUCGACUUAUUUAGUAACACUACACACUGGUCACCCGACACGAUCAUCUAUCCUUAAAGAGAACACGGUAUGAAGUUUGAAUUUCAUGUCUAGACUUUGCAUUCCAUGCACUUCAGUUAACUGUGACAUUUUGUAUUGUUUCUCUCUUUUGUCAUGUCUUAUUGUAAAUAGUUUUUUUUUUUUUUUUUUUUUUUAAUGAGCAUCUGUC